AGCAGUUUACAAGCAUAUCGACUGGUACUGCGUGGUUUUGACUUGUCAAGCUACAUUUCUUGUUUUCUGUUUUCAUCUAUUGGCGCAACUUUUGACAUUGACAGCUAGAAGAAUGCAAUCAGAAUCUGGGAUAGUACCAGACUUUGAAGUCGGCGAAGAAUUCCACGAAGAACCAAAAACAUAUUACGAACUGAAAAGCCAGCCUUUGAAAAACAGUAAUCCGUCGGAGCAGCAUGGCUCCCCCAAGAGCGCGUCGAGCGCGUCGGCGAUGACCUCGCGGAUCCUGCUGCGGCAGCAGCUGAUGAGGGAGCAGCUUCAGGAGCAGGAGCGGCGGGAGCAGCAGAGACAGCAGGCCUCGCAGUUCCUGCAGCAGCAGCGCACCCCCGGCCCCCAGACCCCCGCCAUCAACGUCAGCUCGCCCCCCGGCCUGGCUCCCAAUGCCCAAGUCCCUAUGGAAGUUCUCAAGGUGCAGACCCACCUUGAAAACCCCACCAAGUACCACAUCCAGCAGGCCCAGCGGCAGCAGGUGAAGCAGUACCUGUCCACCACUCUGGGCAACAAGCUCACAAACCAGGCGGUCAGCUUGCCCUGCCCCAACCAGCCCUCCGAGCACGGGAUGCCCCCGGGGCCGGGAAACAGCGCCCCCAACAGCCCAAUGGCCUUACUGACUCUUAACUCCAACUGUGAGAAAGAGAUGGACGAUGUCAUUGAUGACAUUAUUAGCUUGGAAUCAAGUUACAAUGAUGAUAUCCUGGGACUUAUGGACCCUGGUCUUCAAAUGACCAAUACGCUUCCAGUAUCUGCCAACCUUCUUGAAAUGUAUAGCAACCAGGGGUUACCCCCACCUGGCCUAGCCAUUAGCAACUCCUGCCCCGCUAACCUAAACAACAUCAAAAGGGAAUUCUCAGUUAACCCAGCUCCUGCCAUGAUGCACGUUCUGGACAAGCCUGGAUCCUGUGGCAAGUUUGAAAACUAUCAAAGGCCUGAAGGGUUUCCCGUAGAAGCUGAAGUCAGAGCUCUUGCCAAGGAGAGGCAGAAGAAAGACAACCACAACUUAAUUGAGAGGAGGCGACGGUUUAACAUCAAUGAUCGCAUCAAAGAACUGGGAACCUUGAUUCCAAAAUCAAAUGAUCCGGACAUGAGAUGGAACAAGGGAACCAUUCUGAAGGCCUCUGUAGACUACAUCAGGAAGCUUCAGCGCGAGCAGCAGAGAGCCAAGGAGCUGGAGAACAGGCAGAAGAGACUGGAGCAUGCUAACAGGCACCUGAUGCUGCGGAUACAGGAGCUGGAGAUGCAGGCUCGGGCUCACGGACUGGCGGUGGUGGCCUCCUCCGCGCUCUGCUCCUCAGAACUGGCUGCUCGAGCCAUCAAGCAGGAGCCCGUCCUGGGAGACUGCAACCAGGACCUGUACCCGCACCAGCACCACUCGGCAUCGGACCUGUCCCGGCCAACCACGCUGGACCUCUCCGACGGAACCAUCAGCUUCAGCGACGGGAACGGCAGCGCCGGCGACUCCGGGGCCUACAGCACCCCUUCCAAAGCGGCCUCCAAGCUGGAGGACAUGCUGAUGGACAACACCCUGUCGCCCGUCCAGGCCAGCGACCCCCUGCUGGGCUCCAUCUCCCAGGGCAACUCCAGCGACAGCAGCCGGCGGAGCAGCAUAAGCAUGGAGGAGAACGAUCGCGGGUGUUAGCGCUACCCACUAGCUCAAACUCUACUAACAUUUUACACCGUAACACCUCUGCUGCAGCGCCCUCUGCUGGUGGCAGGUAACAUCACUCCCGUGAAAUAUAUUGUCGACAAUUAUUGCAAAAAUGUCUUCCACACUCCAAGUUGAAGGUUACAGACAGUGGUGUUUUAUGCAAAUAUUUUUUACUUUACCCUUUUUAUGUUCGGGGGGGUGGGGUGGGGGAUCUGGUUUUCUUUGUUAUGCAAUCUAUCUGGCUGUGUAACAAACUCAGUCAAGAUAUCUAAAGGAGUACUAUAUUGUCCGUAACUGAAAUGCUGACAAAGGACAAAAAUCAAACAGAAGCCUCACUUUUCAGCAAAAAAAAAAAAAAAAGAAAACUCAUUAUAUCAUCCUAAGUUAUUUCUCCUAUAUAUUUUUUAACUUAUUUGCUGUCACAAAACAAGACCACUGCACAUAUUGAUGGAAUGACUGAAUAUGACCAUAAAAGCACAACAUACAAUAGAACCAUUAUGUGCAGAAAUGCUAUUUUAAAAAAUAGAUGUUGCUUAUAUUUUUUAUUGAUUCCCAAUUCUAACCUCUUGGAAUUAGCAGUAUGUUCAUAAACAAUUAUUAUAACAAAGAUAACCUCUAUAUGCAGAUAUUGCCUUUGUUGAAUGUAAAUCUGUUCCAGAAGGUAUAUACAAUGCCUGCUAUUAAACACAUACUUACUAUUGAACUAAUUGUUCAUUUGAUCAAAACGUGCAGUACUUAAACAACAUAGAUAUUUAAUUAUGUACGGUUUGAUUAUGAAAUGUGAUUAUAACAUUUAGAAAGUGACCUUAGUUUUUUUUUAACUGCCAUUGAUAUUACUAAAAUUCUUUGGGGAGAAAAAACCCCUGCAAUGAUCACCAAAAAUAAGUGGACUGAAAGUCAUUGUGCAUGUAUGCGCUUGUUACGUUCACAGCACUAUGUGAACAUCCCGCUGGGGGUGCAAAAGUGUAGAUCUUACAGCUACAUGAUUCCUGCAAAGAUCUGUUAGAUUUAUUUCAUUUGAACUGAAUCUACAUUAAAUUAUUCUUUCCAAAAUGAGCUCCCUGUGACCUCCCAGAAAAUGGCUACCAUGCCAUUCAGAACGUUUGUCUUGCGUAUUUAUAAAAUAAACUCAGUAGUAAAAAAAUUGACAUGCUAUUUGCCCCCACAACUGCUGCCCCUCAUUAUACACUUCAUGGAUGGUCUUUGUGAGCCUCAGGGGACCUCAGUCAUACAGGCCAAAGGUCACUCGUUUUGUUACUUCUGUUUUAGCAGAUUGAAUAUUUCCAUCCUGUACUGCACAAAGCGCCUCAGGAGCUUCCAUGUGCACAAAUCCUUCAGACUGUUCCUUUUAAGUCAUUGUCAAAUAGGAAAUAUAUUUCUCUUUAGUUAAUCUGAAAAAAAACUGCACACGGUUACAUAUAGCAUAAUCUAAGGAUCUUGUAUAUUCUAUAUGAUUCUAUAUAACAAAAUGAAACUUGUUCAACAGAGCUGCCUCUGAGGGUGGAUGAAAAUGAACUCUUUCACAUUCUAGCGUAGCUCUCAUGACUGUAUACACCCAUAAGAUGGAGCCGUGGGGGGUAGUAGCUUCUUUCAGGCUCCAGCUCUUGGUCUUGACUGUCUCUGCACAUCACAAGAUGCUGCACUGCUAUUGGUUGAUGUAUUUCUGUGAUUUUAUUUGGCGUGCCCUGCUUUCAUUUUCUUGCAUGAGGUAGACCUACGGGUUAGCUGUUGCUCUGCAGACGUCCUUUACAACAUGUGUCAUGUUCUCUUGAAAGGAGGAAGCAAUACUCUGCAAAACUCUGGAAUCCCCAAGUCUGCCAUUCCAUUACUUGCUAUUUCAAAGGAUCUGUUGACUUAUAUUGCUGUAUUUGAGACUCUUAUUUUGUCUUUUAAUCAUGGAAAUAAUACCUCCUGCAAUGCUCAUUAACUCAAGAACUCCAUCUGUCUAAGGAAAGGAAAACUUCUUUCGUUGAUCUCUUCCUAACAUUUAAAUUAUUUCACGUUGUUGCACGGUGCUUUGUUUGGCAUUCCUUGCCCUCUGCCAUUGUGUUUAACGGUAGUAUUUAGGGUAUGUAUUCUUUUAUUUUUUUUUAAACUGUACGAGUGUUUAUAUUGUUCUGGACUAUAGGGAGACUUGUGGAUUUAAAUGUAAGAUAUUUGCAUUAGUGUUAACACUGGAAGGAAUGUUAAUUCAAGGACUGAAACAGAGAUUGGUAGACAACGUUUUGAAUAUUCUAACAAUCAUACUUAGAGUAUAUAUGUAUACAUGGUAUUGUAUGACUGAUUGUAGUUAAAUAAGUAACUAAGGCUUGAUUGCUAUAUUUCUACUGUUUAAUGUUGUUCAAGUGUAGCAAAGUAUUUAGAACUAUGCCUUCAUGACAGUAACUGUUAAAAUGUUGGAUAUAUUGGUUAGCUCUAUAUUGCAGUUUGAGGUGAAAAAGUCUCUCCAGAUAACUGUUACCUAAUAGGUGUCCUUUUUACCAAAUGACAUUGUUGUGAACGUAGUUUCGAUGCAUUAUCUACAGCACUGUAGAACUAUGCAAUUAAGAUACCGUAUUUGUAUUUGAAUAUUUAUCGUGCCUGUGUUUUACAAAGACAUUGAGAUGCCAUGCUGGAGAGUCGGAUUUUUGUGUAUACUGAAUAAUGUGAUGAAAACGACUGAGAGAGUUAGUUCAGAAUGAAGUGCCUUACAUUUCAGAAGUAGGUCUUUUUAUCUUGCACUGACUGAAGAAGUAUAGGCUUUUGUGAUGAGGAGUUCUGGUUGGUGUACUGCUCUUGCUGAUGGGUGCAGAUUGGACAGUUGUGGUGACUUUUAACCAGUCAGAUGAUUGUCGGCACGGCAGUCAGCUGAACGGCUAUGUAAUGCAAGGGAGAAAGGGACCACGCACCUUGCAGUGGUGGAAGUAGGUUCCCUUUCUACACAACACUUUUCAGUGCAUGAAAAGGUUUAAUGUGGCUUAAUCUGUAGCAAUACCCAUUAGUGUUGUCUCCCAUGACCACUGCGUUUGAGAACACUGAAAGAUACCUCUCACGAAUGUCAGUCAGGCUCCAAUAGCACGCUGGUCUCAACAUAGCCUUCAGCAUAGCCUUAAAAUACAACUAUUAAAUAAAACUAUAUAAUCUGUACAUUCACUCUUUCUCAAAGAGUGUUUCUUUUUGUCUGAAUGUGAUCUUAUAUGGACUGCCAAAACUUGUUGCCAAAAUAAAUGUGACCGAGGUGUGUAAUGCAAUAGACUACUUUAUUGAAAUAUGUAUUUUUUUUUUUUUGUUUCUAGCAGAUGAUGUUACUGUUUCUUCAGGCCAUAUUGUCCAAAGUACAGUACAAAAGCAAUAGUUUCAAAGUGGUUGCAAUCAGAGACCAUGGGUAAAGCACAAAGGAUAUGCACUUACAGGGAUGUUCUCAAAAUAAACCAUGCACUGGAGCAAUGCCCUCUUGGACCCAGCACACGUCAGCCUGACGUUCACCCACCAGGUGGCGCUCACAUACGGUCUCUCUGGAGACCCCUUGGUACUGUAAGGUGAUCGAUGCCUGCAUGACCCUGAUCCAUGUCAGAUACAGAUCAGAGAUAACGCUGUUUUCUUUGAAAGUGAAUGUGGAAACAUUGUCAUGAUAGACACAUUAAAGUACAUGGUUUUCACA